AUGGAAGAUGAUAUUAUUAAUUCCGUAAUAAUGAACGACGUAUUAAAUCAUCUUAGAAGUCAACCGAAUGACUCCGCAAUUUUUCUAGAUGGUGAUGGUGAUCACGGAAUUAAACUUAAAAAAGAAUUUCGCAAAAAUGAACAAAAAAAACGACAGGAAUUGUACGGAACGCGUUUAGCAAAAUACAAUAAAAGAAUAGAUGAAAUACAAAAACAAAAGGUCAUAAAUGAUGAUAAAAAAGGGAUGGAAACUUGUCAAAAAGAAGAGCGAAUAAAAAAUGCACUGCUUGACUUAAAAAUACAAGAUAAGGGUAAAAGAUUAAAAUUAAUAAAUUAUAUUAAGAGCAAAGAAAAAAAAUCACAGAACUUAAUUAUUGAAAUGAAAAACCAAAAGAUCCGAGAAAAGCAAAAUAAGGACAUUGAACGUUAUUUUGAUAAAGUAAACCGUCAAAAUCGAACAAUAGUAGAAAACCAAAAUUUAAUCGAGGAAUGUUUGGAGCACGUUAUCAAAGACAAUAAUAAAGAAUUGUCCGUAGAUAAUGGAGAAGAAAUGGAAGACGAAAAAAUCGAAGAAACACAGGAAGAAGAGUGCGUUAUAGAUUCAGAUCAAUCAGUGAGAAUAAUAUUGUUUGCUUCCUUUUUAUUUAAUACUACUGUAAAAAAUUGUUAUUUUAGAAACUAAAAGUGAUUUGCGAGGAACGUGAAAGUAUGAUGGGCGAUCUCCAAAUGUAUUUGCAAAGAAUCUAUAGGUUGAAAAAAAACUUUUGCAGUUGUGAGGCAGGGAGACAUUUUUUCCUGAAGACAGGACCCAUAUGGGAUUCGCUUACCCAAUGCAUUUACCGGAAAUCCCAGAUACUCAGAGAAAUGAAUCAAAAUUUUGAAGAUAAAAAUAUGCCGGAAGAAUAUAGACGGGUUCACGAGGAAGUCUAUGACAACAUGGCUGCGUUGGCGUAUAAACAAGCCCGGGGUUCACAUUCGAUAGAUACAAAGUUUUUGAAAACCUUAAUGACCGGUAAGUAUAGCUAAACAACUACUUAUUAGCGGUGGUGAGCCAUUAUUGUAGAAUAUAACUCGGGUCAGUAAAUGAUAUCCUGGACAAUUUAUUUUAUAUCUGAACGCAAUGAAAAUAAUUGCAAACGGAAAACGACCCUGAGUUGUGUUUGGUUAAACAUGUUUCAAUAAAUGUUUAUUUAAAAACAGCGACCCAGAAGUCAUAACCCUCCCAUUUUCACAUGAUGAUGUUUCAAGCCACGCUCAAAAUCUAAAUAAUUAUAGAACUAUUAUUAUUUUUGGACAUUUUAAUUGUAAUGGAUUGAUUAAUUUUUGUGAAUUUCAACUAAACAAUAAUUUUUUCUUAUCAGCUUUUUAAAUUAAAUUUUGAUUGUUUUGAAAACAAUUGUAUUGUAAUGACUUACUUACAUUAUUUGUGUAGACACGGACUACGAAUUUAACGACAAAGACAUAUACGACGCGGUAUUAAAAGCCAAGCGCCUUAUCGGAAAGUCGGCGACGGCACUUGAAAUACUUGACUUGGUCAAAAUGAUACUCGAAUGUGAAUUCGACACAAACGAUAGCGUGUGGUAUAUUGUUAGUGGUUUAUACAGAAGAACAGUUUUCGAGUAUGCGAAAAGACGAAUGAGUUGUGAGUAUAUACAAAACUAUAGAAUAGAAUAUUUUAAAAUUAACAUAUUAGGACGAUAAGUAAUAGGUAACUGUUUCGAAAUGUAUAAUUUUCAGAUCGAAUUUUGGCAUACUCGCAAAAUACGGUAAAAAGACUGCAGUCGUUGAAUAAUAUAAAUUUGAUACCGAAACGGUUAUUGAUAGCGAAAAAUACGAGUGAAAACCAAAUAGAAUCAUUGGUUUUGGCAUUUUUAACAGACGAUGUGAAAUACGGAUAUUUGAACGCCGAAGAACAUAAAAUGCUAACAGAAAACGUUUACCGGAACGAAGUUGAGAAGAGAAUGCGAGAAUUCGUCAAAAAUAAUUAUAAAAAAGUGGAAGACACUGACAAAAUCUACCCAAUGCCACUUAAAACUAUCCUUAAAAACGUAUUUAUUCCGAAUUAUAGGUAGGUACAGCUAAAAUGAAUAACAUUAAAUAUAAUUGUUUUUGUUUUUAGCAUGCUGAUUUGCAAAUCGACAGACUCAUGGUGUUCGUAUACAAACAAAUCGUGCCUGUGCUGUGUAAAAAAUCCAAUAAUACUAUGACUUUACAUUUGUUAGAAGAAAAGUUGACCCACGGCAAGUUCAACAUAUUGGCUAGAAAGUUAACGAAAAUGGUGUUUGGCAUGGGUGGAACAUACGAUGAGAAAAUUUACGUUUUGGAAGUCAUUAUGGAAAAAAUAGGCAUCGAAAUAACCAAAAGAUCGCCUACGAUACAGUAUAAAAGUAAAACAAAUGCCGUUGCCAAGGAAAAGGAAGUGGACUUUUCGUAUUUUAGGAAAAAAUUGGGAGAUUUGAAAACGCCAAAAAAACCAAUUAAAAAAAAAUAA